AUGCUGAGCUUUUUACGGCUGCCACAUGAUCUACUGAAAAUAUUUGGUCCCAUGUUUGUUCGGUCUGAACUCCAGGACAUUGUCGAAAUAAAAGCCUCAUCUGUGGACAGGCAUGCUGCCGUUUUAGACAAAUUAAAGUCAAAAUACACAAACAAACUGAUAGAGGCAUUGGGUGUUUCACUUUUUGUUGAUAAAAUCAUAGCCAUUACAGAAUAUGAAAUUCAAAGUGAAAUGCUUGUGGCAAACGUUAUUUUUGAAGUGGUCUUCUAUAGAUUUUAUCAAGACGAAAUAGUGUUUGGCAGGAUAGUAAAACAGGAAGAAGAGAAAAUCGUUAUUGAAGAUGAAAUGUCAAAUAUUUAUGAGGUGCAUGCAGUGGACUUGUUUGAAAACUGUGAAUUUGAAGGCGGAGAGGCAGAGUCUAAGUGGAUUUGGAACUAUAAAGGAAAUCAGCUACCAUUUAUUACUGGAGAAAGAGUAAGGCUAAGAAUUAAGGGGCUGAGAUUUGAGGAUGGCAUUGUGGAAGCAAGUAUGAAUGAUCAGGGUCUUGGGCAUGUUAUGUGGUGGGACUAA